GGAGGUGGGAUGAUGCGUCUUAAGCUGCCGAUUAGGAUGAUCAGAGCCGGAGCAGGGAUGCACUGACAGUCCACACAGGAAGGCAGAGACACGCACACUUCCACAGAGAGACACAGAGAGGAGGAUAGGAAGGAAGGAAAGGAGGGAGGAAAGAAGGAGGGAGGGAGAGAAACACACGAAUGCGCACGGGAAAUGAUCCGCUCCUAGACUAUGGCACCGUCGGGCUCGCGUAGUAUCAAGCGGGGCUGUCAGAGAGUUUUGUACUGGAUCCCAGUCCUCUUCAUCGCCCUCAUAGUGGCGUGGUCAUACUACGCCUAUGUUUUGCAGCUUUGCAUAGAGUCCAUCGAUGACACUGGAGAAAAGGUCAUUUACCUACUGGUGUACCAUGUCGUUUUCAUCAUGUUCGUGUGGGCUUAUUGGCAAACCAUAUUCACCAAACCCAUGAACCCCCUGAAGGAGUUCCACCUGUCCUACUCUGACAAAGAGCUGCUGGAGCGUGAAGAUCGGGGAGAAUCUCAGCAAGAGAUCCUGAGGAGGAUAGCCAAGGACCUGCCCAUCUACACCCGCACCAACUCCGGAGCCAUCCGCUUCUGUGACCGCUGCCAGCUGCUGAAGCCUGAUCGAUGUCACCAUUGUUCAGUCUGUGAUAAAUGCAUCCUGAAGAUGGAUCACCACUGCCCCUGGGUGAACAACUGUGUGGGAUUCUCCAACUACAAGUUCUUCAUGCUGUUCUUGGCAUAUUCGCUACUCUACUGCCUUUUUAUAACCGCUACAGACCUGAAGUACUUCAUCAAAUUUUGGCUGGCUGGAGGUAGAGCACACUUCCGUCUCAAAGAGUACUUGAAUGGUCUACCAGACACUCAAGCCAAGUUCCACAUCCUCUUCCUGUUCUUUUCGGCCUCCAUGUUUUCCGUCAGUCUCGCGUCCCUUUUCAUCUACCACUGCUGGCUGGUGUGUAAGAACAGGUCCACUCUGGAGGCGGUGCGUGCUCCGGUGUUUCGUCAUGGCACAGAUAAAAACGGUUUCAGCCUGGGCUUCAGUAAGAACUUCCGCCAGGUCUUUGGUGAUGAAGUUAAAUACUGGCCUGUGCCCCUUUUCUCCAGUUUAGGUGACGGUUGUUCAUUCCCAACCUGUCUGGUAAAUCUGGAUCCUGAGCAGCCGUCAUCACCCAGCAGCUCCAACUCUGCAAUUAAGAGUGUGGCAGAGGGUCACCAGUUCCCCUCCAAACCCCUGAGGGAGUCUCAGAGUCGGCUGCUCACCAGCACCCCCUCCUGGUCUGAGAGUGACAAUGGCGUGGAGAAGGACAAGAAGGGUGCCAGUAACCCAGGGAUGACCAUCGAAAAUGAGGCAUAACUGGAGUUGACCCCUUCAGUCCUAAAAUGUAAGUGCACAGAGUUGACAAAAUAUCUGCAAGACUUUAAACGAAUUUCUAUUUUAUGUAUUCCUCCUGCAGGUCUAUGUUGCCCCCUCCUCCGUGUUUGUGCCUAUCAGAACGUGACAUGGUGGUGACCUCAUGGACAUUUGUCGUCUCCCAUCCCUUCUUCUGAGAGGUUUACAUCACCGACUUUACACACGAUGAGCACUGAUUGUCAUCAGCAGCACUAGACGCUGCUAUCCGAGAGAAAAUGCAUUCCGAUAAUUUCAUUUUCUUUUGUCUGUUUAUGGAAAAGCACAGAGCAGCGAUGGACAAGGAGAUAUUUUGCACUUUGUUUUAUUCGAAAACCAAUCUGAGCUGCGUCUGUGUCACAGAAACCCUCAGAGUAACCUAUAGUUUUUUAUGUUGUACUGUUCUCAUAGCAUAGACACAUAAAUAUACAGUAUGCUGUUAUAAGUUUGCCAAACAUUUGCACAUGUACUAGUGUUAAUGUGAUGUUAGUGACAUUCCUUUAGCCAUUAUUUUUUCAGUGAAGAUUUCAGGAGGAGGGGGUCAGGCUGUCCACCCACCAUGUUGAGUGUUGUGGAGAUCCAACCGAUGCAUGCUUUCAUCUCAGGAUGUCGAAACACACGUUGUCGUAGUGAACUGUACCCCCACAUACCCCUUCACCUCCCCACAGCUUGGAAACAAACAAAAAUGUAGUAAUUAGUAAUUCCAUUCGAUUAAGGGCUCUUCUGACUCGUUCUAGCAUGAGUGAGGAUUUUGCUGUCACACUGAAACACCUGAAAGCUGGUGCUGCUAUGUGCUGCGACAGCGUGCGUCCCCCUGCCAAACACUCACUGUUGUCUGGUAGCCUGUACGCAUCAAACUACUGCCGGCCAAAACAAAAAAAAACAGAAAACAAACAGACAAAAAGCUUCCUGACUGUUGACUCUGGAGGGGCUGCCGCCGCCGCCACCACCUGGAGCAAGGAAACCCCAGAGACAUGGGGCUCCACGUGAUGCUGCAGAUCCACCUCACCAUUAAAAAAAAAAAAAAAAGCUGAUACUGUUGAGUGUUUUUCUAACUUACAACAUAAUGCUGUGGAUGUACUGCAGUGCAAAAAAAGAAAAGAAAAAAGAAAGACAGCUCCAGCUGCUUUGUAUAUUUUCACCUUCUGAGGAUUCUGUCUGUUCUCGUCUUGGGCUGGAGAUUAUUAUUAUUAUUAUUAUUAUUAUUAUUAUUAUUAUUAUUAUUAUUAUUAUUAUUAUUAUUAUUAGUAAACCAUCAUUGAGAAUCAGUUUAAAGAAUGUAUGCUAGUCUCAAAAUGCUUCAUGGUGACAGUAGUAGCAGUCUAUAUUUUUCUAUUCUUCUAUCUGUAUGACACGAGACGAUGUGUGAGGUGAUGUACUGUACAGUUGUGAUGCCUUAUAAGAAUAAAAUGAGCUCAUGUUCAA